AAAAAACACAUCAAGCAACAAUGAGUGACUCUCUGAGUAUCGAACGUGUGUCUGCUGAUGACGUGCAAAGAACCCUUGCUACUGAAAAGGACAAUGACAUUAAGAGAGACAUAGAAGACAAUGAAUCUCACAAGUCACUUUCCGAUGCUGAAACCGCCAUUGAAGAAAAAUCAAUCGGGGUUAGAAAAGCUGAAAUCUUAGCUGCUCAAUGGUCCGACAACGUGUACUUACACAUUAUCUUGUUGUUCUCGGCUUUCCUUGUUGGUUACGCUUAUGGUUUGGACGGUUCUACUCGUUAUAUUUAUACCGCCUACGCCACUGCAUCCUACGCUGAACAUUCCUUAUUGACAACUGUUUCCGUUAUCACAUCGGUCGCCGGUGCCGCUUGUCAACCAGUCUAUGCUAGAUUAUCUGAUGUUUUCGGUCGUUUGGAAAUCUUUAUUGUUUCCAUCUUGUUUUACGUUGUUGGUACCAUUAUUGAAUCUCAAGCUACUGAUGUGCAAAAGUAUGCUGCUGGUUCCGUCUUAUAUCAAAUCGGUUACACUGGGGUUAUUCUUAUCGUCAUGUGUAUCUUGGCCGAUUUCUCCACCUUGAAAUGGCGUUUGUUCUACUUAUUUGUUCCAACCUUCCCAUACAUUAUCAACUCCUGGAUUUCUGGUAAUGUCACUGAUGCCGUUGGUACCAACUGGAAAUGGGGUGUUGGUAUGUGGGCCUUCAUUUUCCCAUUAGCUUGUAUUCCUUUGGUUGGUUGUAUGCUCCAUAUGAGAUGGAAGGCUGGUAAGACUGAAGAAUGGAAGGUGUUCAAGCAGAGAGAAACCAAGUUCCAAGAAUUGGGAUUCUUUGGAUUCAUGAAGUACUUAUUCUGGCAAUUAGAUAUCAUUGGUUUAUUACUCUUGAUUGUUUGUUUAGGUUGUCUCUUAGUUCCAUUGACUUUGGCCGGUGGUAUUAAGGACACUUGGGAAAAGGCUCAUAUUAUUGUCCCAAUUGUUAUUGGUGGUGUCUUGUUACCUGUUUUCGUUUUAUGGGAAUCUUAUGGUGCUAGAUACCCAGUUGCUCCAUUCCACUUAUUAAAGGAUCGUGGUAUCUGGUCCGCUUUAGCCAUUUCCUUCUUGUUGAAUUUCAUUAGUUCCAUUGAAUCUUCUUAUCUUUAUACCGUGUUGAUGGUUGCCAUUAACCAAAGUAUGAAGUCUGCUACUAGAAUCAGUUCCUUGAGUUCUUUUGUUUCGGUUGUUGCUGGUGUCUUUUUCGGUUUAUUCAUUGUCAAGUGGAAGAAGUUAAAGGGAUUCAUUAUCUUUGGUUGUUCCAUGUGGAUGCUUUCCUUGGGUCUUAUGUUCCACUUUAGAUCAGGUACUUCUUCCUACGGUGGUAUUAUUGCCGGUGUCUGUUUAAUGGGUUUCGGUACUACUUUCUUCUCCUACCCAUGUAACGUUUCCUUACAAAGUUGUACCACCCACGAACAUAUGGCCGUUAUUAUCUCCUUGGGUUUGACCGUGUACAGAAUUGGUUCUGCUGUCGGAGCUUCUAUUGCCGGUGCCGUCUGGUCCCAACGUUUAUACAGUGCCAUCUUGGAAAAGACCGGUAACUCCACUUUAGCUCAACUGGUUUACACUGAUCCAUAUACUUUCAUUGCUACUUACACUUGGGAAACUGUCGAAAGACAACAAGUUGUGUUGGCAUACCGUGACAUUCAAAAGAUUUUGAUUUUGGUUGCCUUGGUGUUCUGUGCUCCUAUGAUCAUUGCUGGUUUGUUCUUGAGAGAUCACACCUUGGGUGACGAACAAAGUUACGAAAAUGUUGAAAAGGAAGAAAAGAGUGAAUCAUUGGGUGCUUAUAUCAAGGGUUCUUUGGGAAGAUUCGGUAAGGGUAAGAACUAAUUUACCCACAUUUGUAUAUAAUAUGUUUAAUCUUAAUAAUAAUAAUAUGGUAAUAAUA